UAUCAGUGAUGGCAAAUCAAGAACUUUUGUAAUACACAUUCCUUACUGAUCUUAACCUAUUAUUAAUCAUUCAAAUGUUAUGGGAAUAAAUUAAUUGCAGUAUUUAUUUUGUUAUAAAUAAUAAAAUGUAACUUUCUAGCUCGUAUAACAUUCAUCGAAAUAACAAAAAUAUUAAUGUCAAUGUACAUGACAAUAUGUGUAAUAUAUAUCAUUUAAUUCUCAGCAAAAGUUGAAUAAAAAGAAUAAUAAUUCUUACUGAGUCAAUUGAUUUCGAAAAUGUGUGAUUAGCGAUUAUUCAAAUAUUAUUGCAAUGGAGGAUUUAAAAAUCAAAUUUUUGGAACUUAUUAAUAAGCAGAACCAAUCGAGGAUUCCAUCAAUGGGCUUGAAUCCUGAGCUUUUAAAUCCUGACGAGCAUUGUAAGCGUGAUGAAAACCAAUCGGAGCAUAGUCAUUCCAUAGAUAGUGAAACAAUACCCGAUGAAGAUAUUCUCGAGUCAGUUGAACAAGUUUAUUUUGAAGCAGACGGAAAUUUUGAUUCAUGUAGACAUGUAUUGACUAAGUUUUCUCAAGAUCUUAACUGUAAAAAUAUCGAGAAAUAUAGUAAAAAACUAAAACAACAGCAACAAGUUAUAUCUAAAAAAGUUCUCCAACUGAUACUACAGAAACAAACUACAUGUAACCAAGAAUUCAGUGAAAUUCUUAAAAUUCAAGAUCAAUUAAAAAGUUUACUUGAAGUUUGCCAAACUGGAAGGAAAAAUCUUAAUUCUGCCAAACUACAAUUUACUACAGCAAGUCUUGGUAUUCUUGCUAAUUACAAAAAGAGACAAACUGUUCAAAAGCUUUUACAUAGUCUCAAUACCAUAAAAACUUUGCAACGAACUGAAGAUCGUCUCCAAGAGCUUUUAGCAGAAGAAAAUUAUCCAGGAGCUAUUUCUCUUCUCCUUGAAUGCCAAAGUGUAGCACAAACUUACAAACACUUUCGUUGCGUAGCAGCUUUAAAUGGAAAACUUCAAGAUACUCUAGAACAAGCCGAAGAAACAUUAGAUGUUACAUUAUCAAGAAUAUGCCAACAAUUUAAUGAAAAAACUUAUUGUUCUAUUCAUCAAGCCUAUAAACUUUUAGGAAAAACUCAAAUAGCCAUAGAUCAACUGCACAUGCAUUUUACAGCAACAAUUCACAGUACUGCUUUUGCAGUUGUUCAUUCUUAUGCUGGUGGUGAUAUGAAACGGCAAUAUAAACAAUUAUGUCAAUCAAUAUCACAGCAAAAUUUAAUCAAUUGUCUGAUUGACCUUAGCAAGGCAUUAUGGAAAAUAAUAUAUUCGUACUAUCAAGUAUUAAGUUGGCACAAUACUAAUUCGAAGCAUAUAGUUGAGAUCAACAAUGAUAAAGAAUCAGAUGGUCUUUUUAGCCAGCAAUACGUAAAACAAAAAUUAGAAACAGGCAUGGCAAGAAUAUGGCACGAUGUUGAAAUUAAAGUAUCAAUGUUAUUAAUCAGUGCGGAUAUCACUACUUACAAAUUUGAACAUUUCGUUCAAAUUUUGGGGACAAUCAAUAGGUUAACGGAAGUAGGAAAAGAAUUGUGUGAUAGUAAAUCAGAAAACCUUCAGAAAUCGAUGAAAGAACAAUGCUCCCGAUAUUUCUUUCAUUAUCAUGCUUCACGUCUGGAUGAAUUACGGAUAUUUCUUGAACAUGAUGGCUGGGAAUUAUGUCCAGUGAAAUCAACGUUUGUUGCGACUCAGUUACAAGAAUUCAAGAGUCUACGACCAGCGUUGGUGAAUUGUAAAAGCUGGAAUAGCAUAGAAGACUUGAAUGUAUCUGUUCAAGAAAAUUCUACAACCAACAGUGGAUGGCUUCAAAAAUAUCUUGAAAAUGAUAUGUCACCUUUCGACAUCGGUCUUGAUGAAACAAUAGAUGAAGAUAUACUUGCGAAUCUCAAUGAUGAAGAAUGUGAUUAUAUUUCGGAAGAGUCUGAUGAUGAUCUUGAUGAAGAGUUUAAAAUUGAAUUUAUUAGUAGAAAAGAUAAUAUAAGAGCAUCGAAGAGAAAACCAAAACCUACAUAUGUCGGUCCUAUGGUAACAAAUACAACGCUUAAUGUGUUGAGAGUUUGUGGAAGAUAUUUACAAAUGUCUCGAUUAUUAAGUUCGAUAGCUGUUGAUGUAAUCCAAAAGAUGGUUCAGUUUUUUGAAUUGUGUUUAUAUACUAUUUAUCUAUUUUUUACGUCUGACUUGCAAAUUACCAGUGAUAAAUUAUAUAGUCCUAAACUUAAGCUAACAUUAGCACGUAUUAAAGAAAGUCUUAUUAUUGAUGAAACCUCUGAGGAUACAAAUAACUCCAACCACAAAGUUCGUUGUCCUCAGUUAUCAUCAAUUGUAAACCUGACGCAAGAUGACAAAUUAUAUGGUUUGGCAGAGCGAGUAGUUGGUGUUGAAUCUCUUAUUUUUUUGGGACAGCAGUAUGAAAGUUUACAGAGUUUUCUGAAACAAUUAAUAGCCAGUAGUCCAGAACGAGGAUUUUUAAAUCAAUUUUAUAUACAAACAAUCGAAUCUGCUACUGAUCUACGAAAACCUGUGUAUAUGGCUGUUGUAUCUAAAUUUUUUGAUGUCACAAAUAUUUUAAAUUUAAUGAAUCGAGUUAAUUGGGAGGUAAAAGACGUCAUGUCUCAGCAUAGUGAUUAUGUUGAUUCAAUUUUACAAGAAUGUAAAGUAUUUGCAAAGCGACUUGAAGACAUUAGUUAUAUUGUGCCUUUAUCAGUAGAAGUUAAAAAUGCUAUUUGGGAAAAUGUUGCCCACUUAAUUACACAUACGUUAGUAGAGGGCUUUUCUAAUACAAAAAAAUGUUCAAAUGGUGGCAGAGGAUUAAUGCAGUUAGAUUUUACACAAUUGAAGUCUAAGUUUGAAAUGAUUACAAAUAUCAGACCAAUGCCACAUAGUGAAUAUGUAGAACUUUAUGUGAAAGCGUACUAUAUUCCAGAAAAUACACUUGAGGAAUGGGUAAAAGAACACAAGGAAUAUUCUGUAAAACACUUGGUUGGUCUAAUCUCUUGUGCGUGUCAGAAUAACAAGAAGUCACGACAACGAUUGAUUGGAGUUAUAGAAGGCCCACGUUCAAAUCGGUAACAGCAAAUUCAAUGGGAUGCCGAUGACGGUUAAUCCCAAAAUAUGACAAUUGUUUAAUUUUUCAGUCAGUUUUGAUUUUUUAUGUUCAAUGAAUUUUAUAAAAAGAGUUUAUUAUUAUAUACAAAAUAAUUUAUAGUAUUUACCAGCGAUUCAUCUUAUGAUAUAGAGUAUAAAACAAAAAAUUAGAAUCUCAAUGAUUUAAAAUCAAUGAUUAAUCAUUUUGGUCUUAAGUUUUUCAAUUUUCAGUAUUUAUCAUGAUUUGUUUAAACUGAU